AUGCACUUAGCGACUGCCUCUAGCUACUUUUCUCUUCCGGCGAAGAAUCUCAUAGCUCGAGCUUUGUCAGGAAUCACACAGAAUCGUGAUCUCUUCUAUCUUCUACACCAGUCUCCAAACGCUAAGCAUUUACGCCAUCUCCACGCUCAUCUUCUUCGCACCUCUACCUACUCAAACGUCGUGCUCAGCUCCAAACUCGUCCUCGCGUACUCGAAGCUGGAUCACCUCUUCCCUACCUCGCUCGCUGUCUUCUGGCACAUGCCUCAUCGCAACAUCUUCUCAUGGAACAUAAUCAUCGGCGAGUUCUCUAGAUCGGGUUUUGCGGCGGAGUCGAUCGGAUUGUUCCUUCGUAUGUGGCGUGAGUCUAGCGUUAGGCCAGAUGAUUUCACGCUUCCUCUUCUUCUACGAGCUUGCUCUGCGUCACCGGAAGAAGCGAAACUCGGGGAUUUGAUUCAUUCGUUGAGCUUGAAACUUGGAUUUGGAGCGAGUUUGUUCGUCAGCUCGGCUUUAGUGAUUAUGUAUGUUGAUAUUAAGAAAAUCUCAGAUGCACGAAAGUUGUUCGAUGAUAUGCAUGUGAGAGACUCUGUUCUUUAUACAGCUAUGUUUGGUGGGUAUGUUCAACAAGGAGAAGCUAUCUUGGGUUUGGCUCUGUUCAGAGAGAUGAUGUGCUCUGGAUUCUCGCUUGAUUCUGUGGUAAUGGUGAGUUUACUUACGGCUUGUGGACAGCUCGGAGCGUUGAAGCAUGGGAAGAGUGUUCAUGGAUGGUGUAUCCGGAGAUGCUCUUGCUUGGGAUUGAAUCUCGGAAACGCUAUAACCGAUAUGUACGUGAAAUGCUCAAACAUGGCAUGUGCGCGUAAAGUGUUUGUGAAUAUGCAGAGAAAAGACGUGAUCUCUUGGAGCUCGCUUAUAUUGGGUUAUGGCUUGGACGGAGACGGUGUAGUGUCGAUAAACCUCUUUGAGGAGAUGCUCAAGGAAGGGAUUAAACCCAAUGCAGUCACUUUUCUCGGUGUUUUAUCGGCUUGUGCGCAUGGUGGGCUCGUGGAAAGGUCUUGGAUGUAUCUGAGACAAAUGCAGGAGUGUAAGAUAGUUCCUGAGCUGAAACACUAUGCUAGCGUUGCGGAUUGUAUGGCUCGAGCUGGUUUUCUUGAGGAAGCGGAGAGGUUUAUGGAGGAAAUGCCUGUGGAGCCUGACGAGGCGGUUAUGGGUGCGGUUUUGAGUGGGUGUAAGGUGUAUGGGAAUGUAGAAGUUGGAGAGAGAGUGGCGAGGAAGCUGAUUCGGCUUGAGCCAGGAAAAGCUGGUUACUAUGUGACAUUGGCUGGAUUGUAUUCAGCUACAGGUCGGUUUGAUGAAGCUGAGAGUUUGAGGCAGUUGAUGAAGGAGAAGCAGAUUUCUAAGGUUCCUGGUUGUAGCUCGAUAUGAAAGAUUGGAAGCUGAGCAUAGAAUUCAUCAUCAUACUCAAGAAUCAAGAUCGAGUGGCCAAAAGCUUCCGCGACCAAGACACCAAGAGUUCUUUCUGCUUGACCGAUCUGCAAAACUAACCAGGACAAUUCAAAACUUCCCAAAGACCCAAACCAAUACUCCAAGAUGAAGUUCGUGGAGAAAAGCUCCUCUUUGUAUAAAAGAACUUAAGCAAACACCAGCCUUAGCAGAUUUAAACAGGCACUAAGACAAAACCUUAGUCCCAUACCGAAGUUUUCCUAGGAAGAUUUUAAAUGAAACCUGCUUGGAACAGAACAUAGUUCAAGUGUUUCUCAAAACAGAAGAAAUAUUUUUGCUCGAUUUCUGUUUCAUUUUGGAGCUCUAAACCACAGCACUGGCUGUGCUUAUA